AUGGCGGCGCGGCCCGGGCUGCGGCAGGAGGCGGCGGCGCUGGCGGGCGCGGUGCGCGGCGCGUUGGGGCCGCGGGGCGGGCGGGCGCUGCUGGUGCGGGCCGACGGCCGGGCGCUGCUGACGCGGGACGGGCGGCGCCUGCUGGAGGCGCUCAGCCUGCAGCCGCCCACGGCCAGGGCGAUGGCGGCCUGCGCCUGCCGCCACCAAAGCGCGACGGGGGACGGCGCCAAGACCUUCGUGCUGCUGCUGGCCGCCGUGUUGGGCGCGAUGCGGGAGGGCUCCCCGCGGCGGGCGGCGCGGGCGCUGCCGGCGUUCGAGAGGCGGGUGCUGGAGCGCGCCGUGGCGAGGGGCCUGCGGCCGCACCUCCGCAGCGCCUUCCCCGCGGGCGGGCCGGAGGCGGAGCUGGAGGCGGCGGCGCUGGAGGCGCUGCUGGAGGCUUUUCUGCGGGGCCGGCUGGGGCCGGGCGAGCGGCGCGCCGUGGCGCUGCUGGGCUGCGAGCUGUGCUCCCGCUGCGGGGCGCGCCGCCCGCCCGCGCUGCGCCUCCUCUGCCGCCGCUUCGCGCAGCUGCACGCCGCCGCCGCCGGGCUGCCCCUCGCCCGCUCCAGGAUCCUGCCCGGCGUCCUGCUCCGCAGGGACUUCGCCGUCUACUGCCCGGCCGGCGACCGGCUGCGCGCAGUGCUGGUCACCCGCUGCCUGCGGCCCGUGCUCGCGGCACCCGGCGUGGAGUGCGCGGUGCGAUCCGAGCGGCAGCACCGGGCCGCGCUGCGCUGGUGCGGCGGGAGGACGGAGGCCGUGAUGGAGCGCCUGCGGAGCAGCGGCGUGAGGCUGCUGCUGUCCGGCGUGAAGCAGCACGAGGAAGUUAUCUACUACGCGAAAUUACACGGUGUGUCCGUGGUGGAGUGUUUGUCAUCGGAAGAAGUGGCCCUUAUCUCUGAAAUCACAGGAAUCUCGCCCUAUGACCCUGCCGGUGAUAGCGUGCAGAGGGAGAUCACAGAGGCUGCAGUGGUAACCUUCUGCCAGCCCCUGCUGCUGGGCUCCCAGCGGUACGCGCACAUUGGCUUCAGCAGCGCGGGCGCCUUCCAGCCCCACUGCCUGGUUCUGUGCGCUCCUGUCGAUGCGGUUAACGAGCAGCAUGCUGCCGCUCUGCACGGGGCCUUCACCAUGCUGCUGCAGCUCUUCAGAGAGGUGGGUCAGGAGUGCGGAGAUGAGAGCCGGAAUGGUGCCUCAGGUGUUGGGAGCGGGUAUUGUUCAGCUACUGAAACGCAGGUGGUGAUAGAAAGUAUUGCUUGUGGCAGCAGUCAGGUUUCUGAGCAUCAGCUGGGAGGCUGCAGGGGUGAAACAACAGCACAAAGUUCAGAUUUUGCUUCGCAUGAAAGCGAACAUCCUGAUUGUACGCCACCAGCCUCAGCUCCUGGCCCACACAGCAAGGAGCUGAAUGUCUGCACCGGUGGGACUGACUCAGCAGGGACACACAAACUGUGUGAGUGUGCAGAUGGGAUGAACGAGAGCCACCGAAGGCACCCAGUGGUGUGCAGUCACAGGAAUCACAGCACUGCUGUAGUCAGCACUGCUACCCUGUGUGAGCACCUAGGCGUCGAUAAAGGCUUAGAGAAGGCUGGCAGUGGUGUUACACAGAGUUGUCCCUGCUCCGUCCUAGAAGCAGGAUCAGUUCUGCCAGUAGGAGGUUACUUUGAAAUCCUGUUACAUUAUUAUAUUCGGCAUUAUGCAAAGCAGGUUCAGCAGUCAGCAGUUAUUGUCAUAUCUAAUGUAGUUGCUGAUGCUUUGUUAAGUAUUCCAAAGGCCUUAUAUGGAACAGAACGGAACGGCUUUACCAAGUUUUAUCUUGAAACCACAGAAGCACUCAGGAAGAAUCAGCCCCUGCCUGUGAAUGAGAAAGGCUUGGAAUCAGUUUAUUGCAAAUACCAGCUGGUAACUUCAGUUCUUCAUUGUGCUAUAGAGCUUCUCAAUAUUGAUUUAAUCAUUGGUGUUAAGCGGCCACCACAGAAAAUUGAGGAUAAUGAUUCGGAUGACGAUUUCUGAAAUUGUAAAUAAAAAUGUUUUUGAUAGCGCGUUUCCCUGCAUCUUCUUUUCAAGUGAUCUCAAAUUUCAGUGCUGGAGACUAAAAGAUCUCUUUUUAGAUCCACAGACCUAACGUACUUCGUGGAAGUAGAGGCUGACAGUUGGGAUCUGUGUAGAUCUAUCUCCCUGCAGCCCGUGGGCACUGCACAGGGCAGAUCUCCACUUGCGCCAUGGAGGGGCCUGCAGUGCACCAGGAUGAGGCCUGAAGGAGGCACGGCCCGUGGAUAUGCCUCUGCAGGAGCACCCUGUGCUGGAGCUGCAGCCUGUGGAGAAGGGCCCAUGGUGAGGCAGGAGGGCUGGGUGAGCUGUCGCUCAUGGGGACGUGUGCUGGAACAGUGCACUUCUGAAGGUGGGCCCUGUGUUAGGGGCUCUGUUGGAACAGAGCUUGGGGAGCUGCGGCCUGUGGGAAGGACACCUGGAGGCAGGCAGGGAGCGGCCAGGCCUGACUGGACUGACUGCAGCCCCGCUUCCCUGCACUGCUUGCAAGGAGGAAACAGUAGAACGAAGGCUGAAGCUGAGUGAAAAUGGAAAGGGCUGAAGCUGUCAUCAGUUUGUUGGUUUUUUUUGUUGUUAUCGUUUUCACUGUCCUGCUUUGUUAUUAAUUGGCAAUAAAUUAAAUUAAUCUUCCUCAA